AUGGCGUACAUUGAUAGAAAGCACGAUGUAACUUUUCUGAAGAAGAUUUACAGAGUAGGCAACUUUUUCGGUAUCUGUCCCAUCUACAGUUUCGAACAUAAAGAGCUGAUUUUCAGACGCGCGUAUAACGUUUACCUGCUGAUCGCAUGCGUCGCUUACGUGAUCGGUACUUAUUGCAGCAUGUACGAGACAUACCAGCACGCUUUGGUCAAGAUGAAAUUCCUGCAAAUCGUGACAGCUGCUCCAACCACGCUGAGCUUGAACAUCCAUCCCUUAAUCAAUGUCAUCCAAAUUUUAAUAACGGACAAACUGUGGGAAGAUCUUUUGCGAGGCCUCCAGAACGUGGACAGAUCUUUCAGGGGACUCGUUCAACGCAAAAAACGCUCCUACUAUUUAUUGGAGGUCGUAUCCAGUCACCUGUUAAUAUGUUACAUCAGCUUCGGAAUGGUAACUUUUCGUCUCUUGAACGGUAGACUUCCCGACUACGAAACCAUGAACGCCAUCUGCAGAUACGUGCUGUACGUGCGCUGCAUCCUCAUCUACAAUUUCGCUGUUUGCCUGGGUCACAGGUUCGAAAUUCUCGCUGAAAACCUUGCGUCCAUCGAUAACGCUUUCGGCGUUUACUCGAAACUCUGCGAUUUAAUUGAGACGUUCAACCGAUUGUUCGGGCUGGAUAUGCUCCUCUUCUUCGCGGACAUGCUUCUCUGCUUCGUACUCUUCAUCAACUUGCUGCUCUAUCCGUUCCGAAAGAAAACCCCUUGGGAAAUUUCCAUACAGACGAUCCGCAUCAUUCACAGCUUUUUCACUUUAGUGACUUUGACUGGAAUAACGUGGGCGUGCGAAAGGGCGACCGCGAACGCCUCAGGUAUAUCCUUGGUCGCGGUGAAACUGAUCCAGGCCAGAUCCCAGGAGAGGACGAAACUGCGUCUGCUCUACCUGAGGUUGAAGAGCAGACCGAAAUUCACCGUUUGGGGCCUGUUCGAAUUGAAUUCGAGCAACCUGCUCGGCUCCUUCGGGACUUUGGUCUCCUAUCUGAUCCUCGCGUUGAACACCAAGUAG